CACACGGACAUACACACACGGACAUACACACACGGAGACACACAGCAAGGCGAGACGCGACCUUGCAGACCGCUAUUCGUUCACGCGGGACAGGACACAGGGGGAGGAAGGCAGUCAGACACAGACAGACACAAAGACACACAGACACACAGACAGACACAGACAAACACACAGACAGACACAGACAGACACACAGACAGACACAGACAGACACACAGACAGACACAGACAAACACAGAGACACACAGGCAGACACAGACAGACACAUAUAGAGACAGGCACAGACAGACACACAGACAGACACACAGACAGACCUACCCGCAAGAGACGUGCGUAACACACAGCCACCUCAAACGUCGAGUCAAAGACAGACAGACACACGAAGACACACACGGAGAGACACACACGGAGACACACACACACACACAGAGACACACACACACACAGACACACACAGAGACACACACGGAGACACACACAGAGACACACACACACACAGAGACACACACACACACAGAGACACACACACACAGAGACACACACGGAGACACACACACAGAGACACACACACACACAGACACACACAGAGACACACACACACAGACACACACAGAGACACACACGGAGACACACACACAAAGACACACACGGAGACACACACGGAGACACACACGGAGACACACACAGACACACAACCAUGCGUCCCUUUGGCUGAGAGUGCGACGGGAGCCAGGUUUGUGCACCACGGCGAGAAGGAAGAGGGGGGACACGGAGAGACGGGGACGUAGGGGAACAACAACAACAACCAAAACAACAACCACAACAACAAAAUAAACAUGAGAGAGGGUGUCAGAUAGGAGGUUCGCAGGUUGGAGAGAGCGGAGAUCAAAGUGAGUGCGAAGUCACAGAGAGUUUGUAGAGCGAGAACGAGGCUGCCGCUGCUGCUGCUGGUGGUGCUGGUCUCAAGAGGAGCUGUGGAACAGAUCGCGUGGUUCGGAACGCGAUGCCCAGGUCGGCUCGCUGUUCGGAUCAACGGGCACCCAACCCCGCCGACACCGAGAGAGACAAAGGUGGCAGUGAGAGCGACGGCCUCGACCGGUGCAGCGACACCGCCAAUAUCUCCAACAACGCCGCCGCCACCACCUCCACUACCACCACCACCAUCAUCGCCACGACAACGCCAAAUAUGACGGCAGUGAAAUCGGCCAAGAAGAGGCCACUGGCGAUGUCAUCAUCAUCGUCGUCUCUCUCAUCAUCAUCAUCAUCUCUCUCAUCAUCAUCAUCGUCAUCCCCCUCUUCCUCCUCCUCCGCCACGGCUGUGGGGAGGAGGAGGCGCCGGGCUCGAGCCCUGCCUGGGGCGAGCCGCCAGCGGCAGGCGGCCAACGCUCGCGAGAGAGACCGCACGCACAGCGUGAACUCCGCCUUCAGCGCACUGCGGACGCUCAUCCCGACCGAGCCCGCCGACAGGAAACUCUCCAAGAUCGAGACUCUGCGCCUCGCCUCCAGUUACAUCUCGCACCUGGGCAACGUGCUUCUCAAGGGGCAAGGCCAUGGCGAUGGUGGUGGUGGUGGUGGGGAGGACGAGGAUGAUGGUGAUGAUGAUGGUGAUGAUGAUGGUGAUGAUGGCGAGAGUGGAGUUGGCUUUUGCUGUCAUGGCAGACGCGGCCACGUGCAGCUGUUGAAUGGGCACGGAGACCCUGCGCCCAGAGCGAUCUGCACCUUCUGCCUGAGCAGCCAACGCAAGAUGGGUCGCGACAUGGAACGACGCAAGGGGUCAUGCAGUUGAUGGAGUUGACGAGGUGGGGGGUGGGUGGGGUGGACGAGAGGGGGGGGGGG